AGCAGGCUAAUCAUCGAUCAAGAGCUCUCGAUUAGCUACACUAGCUUCUGUCGAUCUCGAUCGGGUAUAUAGCAAAUUAAAUGGCGUCCAAGGCGUUCGCGCUCUUCCUGGCCGUGAACCUCGUCGCGCUGAUCGGGGUGGCCAGCGCCUGCGGCGGCAGGCGGCCGUCGUGCCCGACGCCGACGCCCACGCCGACCCCGUCGACGCCGACGCCGACGCCGGCGGCGUUCGGCAGGUGCCCCCGCGACGCGCUGAAGCUGGGCGUGUGCGCCAACGUGCUGGGGCUGAUCAAGGCGAAGGUGGGCGUGCCGCCGGCGGAGCCGUGCUGCCCGCUGCUGGAGGGGCUGGUCGACCUGGAGGCCGCGGUGUGCCUCUGCACGGCCAUCAGGGGCAACAUCCUCGGCAUCAACCUCAACCUCCCCAUCGACCUCAGCCUUAUCCUCAACUACUGUGGCAAGGCCGUGCCCACCGGCUUCAAGUGCUAAAUAUAUAUUAAGCGUGCAUCGAUCAUCAUAUAUAUCCUUGCGACGACGUUUAAUUAGCAAGCAUGGUUGCUUUGCUUAAUUUGUUUUAGUGCACGAACGUACGUACGCACGCAUGCAUGCAUGGUAUAUAUGUUGCGAGCUGUUCGUACGUACGUAUCAUCGGUUUGGAUUCAUUUCUCCGUGUAGUGUUCACUCGCGCUUGUCUUGUUUGUAUUCUUGUUCCAGCCAUCGUCCGUAACGUACGUACUCGAUUGUUUGUAAGGGCCGGUGCCAGCUUCUAAUAAAGCUUGGUUUGCAGCUU